AUGCCGCACCCGCUGCUGCUGCUGCUGCUCCCCCCGCUGCCGCCCAUACCCCCCAUCGCUGUGCCGCGGGAGAUCCGCCGGAUGGUGAGGCUCACCUACCUGACCGCUCUCACCACCCUCAUCGGCUACGGCAUCUUCUUCGCCUUCGGCCUCCUCCGUGACCUCUUCCGCAAGCUCUUCGACUGGUCCGAGUCCGACGACCACAAGGGUUAUGCGCCCAUAUGCCCGGCGUUUGAGGAUUUCUACACCCGACGCAUCUAUCACCGCAUCCAGGAUUGCUUUGGUCGCCCAAUCGCGAGUGCACCAGAUGCUUGGAUCGAUGUGGUUGAGCGUUACUCCAAUGACAAUAACAAGACUCUGCACCGAACUACACAAACAACAAGAUGCCUCAACCUCGGAUCAUACAACUACCUUGGUUUUGCUGCAGGAGACGAGUACUGCACGCCUCGUGUGAUCGAGUCUCUCAAUAAGUAUUCGCCUACUACUUGCAGUGCUAGGGUGGAUGCUGGAACCACUAAGUUGCAUUCUGAACUUGAGGAAUUGAUAGCACGAUUCGUGGGAAAACCAGCGGCGGUUACUUUUGGCAUGGGAUAUGUGACAAACUCUUCCAUAAUUCCUGCUUUAGUCGGAGAGGGAGGUCUAAUCAUUAGCGAUUCGCUCAACCAUAAUUCCAUCGUCAAUGGUGCUCGAGCUUCUGGUGCCGCAGUGCUUGUUUUCGAACACAACAGCCCAUCUCAGUUGGAAGAUUUGCUGAGAGAGCAGAUGGUCAUGGGGCAGCCCUGCACAGGCAAACCAUGGAAGAAGAUAAUGGUCAUUCUGGAGGGAAUAUACAGUAUGGAAGGAGAGUUCUGUAAGCUACCUGAGAUAGUAGCUACCUGCAAGAAGUACAAGGCAUACAUAUAUUUGGACGAGGCCCAUAGCAUUGGUGCAGUUGGAAAAUCUGGCAGAGGUGUAUGUGAGCUCCUUGGGGUGGAUCCAGCUGAUGUCGAUAUCAUGAUGGGAACUUUUACCAAGUCAUUUGGGUCCUGUGGAGGUUAUAUUGCAGCAUCAGAGGAAAUCAUUCAGUACCUCAAGUACACUUGCCCGGCUCAUCUCUAUGCUACAUCCAUGUCGCCGCCAGCAGUUCAACAAGUUUUAUCUGCAAUCAAGGUUGUUCUAGCAGAAGAUGGAUCAAACAGAGGAGCCAAGAAACUUGCACAAAUUCGCGAGAGCAGCAAUUACUUUCGGUCGGAGCUUAAGAAGAUGGGCUUUGUGGUUCUUGGUGACAAUGACUCACCAAUCAUGUCUAUUAUGCUCUACAAUUUAGCUAAGCUCCCUGCUUUUUCUCGGGAGUGUUUGAGACGGAAUGUUGCGGUUGUGAUUGUUGCAUACCCUGCAACUCCAGUUUUGCUUGCCAGGGCCAGGAUCUGCAUAUCUGCUUCCCACACCAGGGAAGACCUGAUAAAAGGCUUGAAGGUCAUCAGCGAAGUUGGUGGCCUUGUAGGGGCCAAGUGCUUCCCUGCCGAACCAGAGAAGAUACAGAAGUUGGGUUGAAAGAAAACAGAGACAGAAUAAGAGGCAUCGAUCAUACUGGAAUAUAGUUGUGUUACUACCUUUCCAUCAUCAAAUAUAGAUUAAUUACUCGUUUGGGCAAAGCCUUAAGUUCAUAUAUUAUUCAAUAUUUAUCAGAAGCAAGCGUUGUUCUUAUCCGAUUAUUAACAAUUGUUUGUAAACGGUGUGGAUAA